UAACCCAAGUCCCCUUUCAUCUGAUCCGUUCACCCAAGAAUCAACGUCGGAGAGAGCCUCAGUUUUUGGCUUUCCCUUGUUCCCCGUCUGUUUCCUUUCGCUUUUUAUUUUUUGUCACUACGCUCGUUUCUGUAUGCUACUAUGCACUCGUUACCCGUAACUCGGAUUCUUGCCGGAGACAAAUUCUAACUAAUUAUUGCUUCAUCGAUCUAAAGCCGGCAAAAAAACAGGAGGGAACCCUUUUUGUUUUAUCCUCGUUCGCACUCGCGAACAUUGGUGGAUUAUCAAUUCUCAAUCUCGAACAACAUAUCUCACCUGGAUAUCCUCAGAGCGUCAAAGUGACGCUUAAUAACUCCUUUUGAGUAGCCAUCUCGUUGAUAGGCGCCAUCUCUUGGCCCUUCAUCCAACUAACAUGGCUCUCAACCUCCCAUCUAUGGGUGGGAGCGGAGGUGCUCAUACCCAGCCCUCCUUGCCUUCCUUACCUGCCCAUCUCCAGUCCGAUACUCACUUGACAGCACACCUUGCCAGUCGUUUUCACGUCUCCAUUCCCACGGCUCGCUUGUCCUCACAUGCCCUCAUCUCCCUUAACACUUAUACCACGUCGACUAAGGGUCUUGAUGGAGGUAAAGAAGGAAGCGCCAUGGCUGGCGCCGAGGAUAUGGCCGACAGGGCCUUCCUUAGAUUAGGACAUCGUACCGAAAACCAAGCGAUAUUAUUCCUAGGCGAAUCUGGCUCCGGAAAAACCACCAUUCGAUCCCAUCUUUUAACCUCGCUCUUAAACAAGUCCUCCACGCCCCUAUCCGGCAAGAUCUCACUGGCUGCUUAUGUCUUUGAUACCCUCACAACCACUAAGACGGCAACGACACCGACAGCUUCUAAGGCUGGUCUUUUCUACGAGCUCCAAUAUGAUACCGCCUCAACCACCAACCCCCUUUUAAUUGGUGGCAAGCUAUUAGACCAUCGUCUAGAGAGAAGUCGAAUUACCGAUGUGCCCACGGGAGAGCGUAAUUUCCACGUGCUGUAUUAUCUUCUUGCCGGAACGAGCGAAGCCGAAAAGACUCAUCUUGGUAUUGACACUCCUAGGGAUGCAGCCGGGCAUAGACGCUGGAAAUAUCUUGGUCACCCCACGCAGCUCAAAGUAGGAAUUAAUGAUGCCGAAGGGUUCCAGCUCUUCAAGACGGCUCUACGAAAACUAGAAUUUCCCAGGGGUGAAAUUGCCGAGAUCUGCCAAAUCUUAGCAUGUAUCUUGCAUAUCGGGCAGCUAGAGUUCGAGACGACUGCAAAUACCACCGCUACUGGAGACGACAGUGGUGGUUUCUCUCAUGAAGGUGGCCAGACUAUAACCGCUGCACGAAACAAGGAUGUGUUGGGUAUUAUUGCGGCCUUCCUGGGGGUUAGCUCGCAAGAUCUCCAAAACACUAUGGGAUACAAGACCAAGAUGAUCCAUCGCGAACGCGUAACGGUUAUGUUAGAUCCUAAGGGUGCUCGUGCCAAUGCCGAUGAAUUGGCUAGGACUUUAUAUUCUCUUUUGGUUGCUUUUGUUAUUGAGACUAUCAACCAGAAGAUAUGCGCUCCUGAAGAGUCGAUCGCCAACACAAUCAAUAUCAUUGAUUUCCCCGGCUUUUCUCAGCAGUCUUCGACUGGGUCGGCCCUUGAUCAGCUCCUCAACAACGCCGCAGUCGAGUCACUUUACAACCUAACCCUUCAAAACUUUUUCGACCGUAAGGCAGAUAUGCUGGACACUGAAGAGGUUGUGGUCCCAGCCACGAGCUAUUUCGACAACUCAGAUGCUGUGAAGGGCCUUCUUAAGCCUGGGAAUGGUUUGCUCAGCAUCCUAGACGAUCAAACUCGGCGACACCGCACGGAUAUGCAACUUCUGGAAAGCUUGAGAAGGCGAUUCGAGGGUAAGAACCCAGCGAUCAGCGUGGGCUCCGCGACAGCUAGGCUUCCUGGAAGCAACUUCCUUUCAGAGAAUACGGCAGCAACUUUCACAGUCAAACAUUUUGCUGGCGAAGUUGACUACCCAAUCAAAGGAUUAGUUGAGGAGAAUGGCGAAGUCAUAUCUAGCGACGUAAUGAACUUGAUCAAGUCAAGUAAAAGUGAGUUCGUUACCCGCCUUUUCGGCCAAGAGGCUCUCCACACGGUUAUGCAUCCCCAAGAGAAGACAACUGUUAUGCAAGCGUCAGUCAGCUCCAAGCCAAUGCGUGCCCCGAGUGUUAUGUCGAGGAAGGCGACGCGAAAUAUGGGAUCUCGGAGACCACGCCGGCAGGAAUCUCCCGAAGAUUUCAUUGGCGAAGUUGGAGAUCAUAAAGGAGAUUCCGGAAAGAUCAGCAUGCAACACUCUGAGCAAGGAGCAUCUGGCCAAUUCUUAUCUUCUCUCGAAAAUGUAAAACAAGCAAUCACGGCUCCAAACACCAAUGUCUAUUUCGUAUUUUGCCUCAAGCCCAACGAUAGGCGAAUUGCGAACCAAUUUGACAGCAAAUGUGUCCGCAUGCAAGUGCAGACGUUUGGUAUCGUCGAAAUCAGCCAGCGUCUAAGAUCGGCGGACUUCAGUUUGUUCUUGCCUUUCGGCGAGUUCCUAGGUCUUGCUGAUGCCGAGACGAUACUUGUUGGUAGCGAGCGCGAGAAAGUCGAAGCCGUCGUUCAAAAUAAGCAGUGGCCCGGUAACGAAGUCCAGGUUGGUUCUACAGGUGUGUUCCUCAGUGAACGCUGCUGGUUAGAGAUUGCGCAAUUAGGCGACGGCUCCUCAGCCAUGAAUCGGUACACAUCUGACCCUGGGGAUGGAUCAAGCCCUGAGGACUUGCCAUUUGAUGCCUCGAAAGAGGGGUUAGUGGCCAAUCAGCCAUAUACUGAUAAACCUCGCGGCGGAUACUUCGGUAGUGGGGAUUUAGAUACCCGUUCUGAAGCUGGCGCGUCUGCCUUCGGUGCUGGUGAUAUGUUUAAGAAUUUGGAUACCAGAGAACAGAUGGCUGAGCGUGGAAAUGAGAAAUCGCUCGUGGAGGUCGAAGAGUACAAGGACAGUCCCAGUCGGAAACGAUGGGUCUUCCUUGUCAUGUUCUUAACCUGGUUCGUGCCCGACUUCCUCAUCCGCUGGAUGGGUCGGAUGCCUCGUAAGGAUGUUCGGCAAGCCUGGCGUGAAAAGCUGGCUAUCAACAUGAUGAUCUGGUUCAGUUGUUUGGUUGCCGCUUUUUUUAUUAUACUCUUCCCUCAGCUUGUUUGUCCGAAACAGUACGUUUACAGCUCCGAAGAACUUUCUUCCUACAAUGGCAAAGACGGGGCCGAGUCUUACGCAGCUAUUCGUGGCCAAGUUUUUGAUAUCGGCAGUUAUGCUCCAAGCCACUACCCCCCAUAUCUCCCUUCCAAAUCCUUGACGCAGUAUGCGGGACUUGAUAUCACAGCUUUGUUCCCCAUCCAGGUUUCUGCUCUUUGCCGAGGCAAGGAUGGUACAGUCAAUCCUGCGGUGACACUAGACUAUAAGUCGACAAACAUCACCGGUUCAGCAAAUGUCAUCAAUAGUCAAGAUUUGAACGCUCAUUAUCAUGAUUUCCGAUCCUUCACCUCUUUGCCUCAGCCUUUCUGGUUCUACGAAAAGAUGCAAAAGAUGAAGCCGUGGAAGAAGGGUACGAUUGGGUACUCUCCAGAGUAUGUUGCAACUCUCGGCAGUAAACAAAAUUCAAUUGCCAUACUCAAUGGCCGCGUGUACGACCUGACAAAGUAUCUUGUGGGUGGUCGCCACGUCGUCGUUAGAGAAGGCGAAGACCUUCCAACUGAUCCUACGAUUGUGGAUUUCAUGGACGACCAAGUUGUCGAUCUCUUCCAGCAAAUGAAAGGUACCGAUGUGACCAAGCAAUGGAACUCCCUUGAGAUCGAUGCAGGCCUCCGCAGCCGCAUGCAACUAUGUCUCGACAAUCUCUUCUACGUGGGCGAUGUUGAUACGCGAAACUCCGUCAGGUGCCAAUUCGCCAACUACCUUGUUCUCGCCGUCUCUAUCCUACUUUGCGCCAUCAUCGGCUUCAAGUUUCUCGCCGCUCUCCAGUUCGGAGGCAAAAAUAUGCCGGAGAAUCUGGAUAAAUUCAUCAUGUGCCAGAUUCCCGCAUAUACAGAAGACGAGGAGUCCCUACGUCGUGCCAUUGACUCGGCGGCUCGUAUGCGAUACGAUGACAAACGUAAAUUACUUGUCGUUAUUUGUGACGGUAUGAUUAUUGGUCAGGGUAAUGACAGGCCAACUCCUCGGAUCGUUCUCGAUAUUCUCGGUGUUUCCGAAACAGUCGAUCCCGAACCGCUUAGCUUCGAAUCUCUUGGUGAAGGUCUCAAGCAGCAUAACAUGGGCAAAGUAUACUCUGGUCUCUACGAGGUACAAGGCCACAUUGUUCCCUUCUUAGUUGUCGUCAAAGUUGGCAAGCCGUCAGAGGUUUCUCGUCCCGGUAACCGUGGUAAGCGAGAUUCGCAAAUGGUCAUCAUGCGUUUCCUAAACCGCGUCCAUUAUAACCUCCCCAUGAGCCCCCUGGAGCUUGAGAUGUAUCAUCAAAUCCGGAACAUCAUUGGUGUCAACCCUACAUUCUACGAAUUUAUGCUUCAGAUCGAUGCCGAUACAGUAGUCGCUCCCGAUUCAGCAACGCGUAUGGUUUCUUCAUUCCUCGACGACACGCGAUUAAUCGCUGUCUGUGGCGAAACAGCUCUAACCAACGCAAAGUCAUCAUUCAUCACUAUGAUCCAGGUCUACGAAUACUACAUUUCGCAUAAUUUGAUUAAGGCUUUUGAAAGUCUGUUCGGAAGUGUAACCUGCUUGCCCGGCUGUUUCUCUAUGUACCGCAUCCGAGCAGCAGAAACAGGCAAGCCACUUUUUGUCAGUCGCGAGGUCGUCGAAGAUUACGCAACAAUUCGUGUCGAUACCCUGCACAUGAAGAACUUGCUUCACCUAGGUGAGGAUCGUUAUCUGACUACCCUACUUCUUAAGUAUCACUCGAAAUAUAAGACCAAGUACAUUUUCAGCGCUCAUGCAUGGACCAUCGCACCGGACUCUUGGCAAGUCUUCCUGUCACAGCGUCGUCGUUGGAUCAACUCGACAGUGCAUAACUUGGUGGAACUCAUUCCCAUGGCACAGCUUUGCGGUUUCUGCUGCUUCAGUAUGCGGUUCAUCGUGUUUGUCGACCUGUUGUCAACAGUAGUCCAGCCUGUGGUUAUAGCAUACAUCGUAUACCUCGUCGUUCUAGUAACGACUUCGAAGAGUGUUAUACCGAUAACGGCCUUCAUCAUGCUUGGCGCGAUAUACGGUUUACAGGCAAUUAUCUUUAUCGUGCGACGCAAGUGGGAAAUGAUCGGUUGGAUGCUUAUGUACAUAGUAGCUGUACCGGUCUUCUCCUUCGGUCUGCCAUUAUAUGCCUUCUGGCAUAUGGAUGACUUCAACUGGGGUAACACCCGUGUCGUCGCCGGAGAAAAGGGCAAGAAGAUUGUUGUCACGGACGAGGGCAAGUUUGACCCUGCUUCGAUCCCACGGAAGAGGUGGGAAGAGUACCAGGCCGAGCUGUGGGACGCUCAAACCAGCCGAGGGGACGACGUACACUCCGAAGUCAGUGGGUACAGUUAUGCCACCAAGCAGGGAUUGAACGUUCCUGCAGCCGAGUAUUACACGCCGUCUCGACCUGGUUCCACCACUGGCAUGGUCCCUCCGUACGACUUGAAGAACCCUAACUAUCUUAGUCGUAUGUCGUUUGCCCCGACCGAAAACCGAUUGAGUCAAUUUGGCGGCUCGCAGUUGUUCCCGGGCACUCAGAUGCAAGAUGUAGAGAUGUCCAACCUAGCCGGCAUGCCAAGUGAUGAUGCGCUGCUUGCGGAAAUACGUGACAUCUUACGCACGGCAGAUCUCAUGACUGUAACUAAGAAGGGCGUUAAGCAAGAGUUAGAGAGACGGUUUGGUGUUCCUCUUGAUUCCAAGCGAUUAUACAUCAACAGUGCAACCGAGGCCUUGUUGACUGGUCAAUUAUAGAGACUGGUCAAUCUAUGAUCCGAAAUUAUGGAUUCUAUCUACCUCUGUCAUAUUUUGCACAUAUUUGAAUGGCCAUGUUUCCACUAUUUAUAUAAUACUAUUGCAUCGCAUAUUUGUUAAGGAGGAGUAACUUGUCACAGGCCAGACAUGGGUUGGACAGGAAAUUCAUCGGAGGCUGGGGAGUUAACAAAAGUAGAAUAAGUAAAUCACUCUUGGC